UCCCGGGCCGUGGCGAGUUGUCAUUCACUCGCUAGAUACCACUCGCCUAGGACGGUGCCUGGACGGUGCUACAAAGAAAGGAUCAACCACUCGUGAGCGUGUCAGUGUCGGUUGUGUGGCGUCGUGUAGAGAGCGUUACCAGCUACUGUGUCCUGUGCAUGAAGAUCGCUCGAGUGUACAUGCGGUGUUACGUUGCGUCCUGUCGAUCGGUACCAUCCUAUGCGCGUACCUACAACAAACAACCCAACCGGACCUAAAAGUGCUCCAGAACAAAUGUAAUUAAAAGCCAAAGAUUUUAAAUUUUCCUGUGUGACGGAGUUAAGCUGUGAGUCCUCUGUGGUUGAACGAUCGUACAACAUAAAAAAAUAGUGUGUGCUCCUCACUCACAUUGCUACCCGUUCUAGCCACAGUCUGUCUUAGUAAAAAAAAAGGCAAACCAAGUGCACCAACCAGCUCUGCUCACAAGUGGCGAUUUUUUUUUUGUUACUUGCUGCAUCCUCCCUUACUUUCGUUCUACGCCCCAGCCAAACGGUGUUAAUGUUUCUCGAGCUGCUGCGCCUAUCAUCAGUACAGUGUGAAGCAGCUGUCCACAACCGAACAAUCUACAAAACGGUCCGUUUGUUCGAUUCGCGCCAACGGGCCAACAGUUGUUUGUGACAUACAGCAGUUAUCAUCAACAAACAACUCAACCUAAUACUUUUAUCGUAAAAAACUCCCCCCCCCCCCUUAUUUCCUACGUUCCGGUUAUCUUUGUUUUCCUGUGCAAGCGCAACCAAACAAAAACACACCUCGCCUACAUAGGAUGGUAGAAGGUGACACUGAUCAGAACCUGUCAAAGUAUACCGAUGUAAAGGACGACAGAGUAGCGAACGGUGACAGCAAGGAUCAUCCGUUGGCGGGAGUCGUAGCGGUCUCCCUGCAUGAGAAAUCGCUGGCCAAUCAGCAGCUCAGCCUGCCGCACGGACCACUGAACGGUGCCGGCGAACGGGCGAUCGUCAGCAAGCAGCUCGAGGCGAAGGGUGGCGGCGCCGGCGGUGCGGACCCCGAACGGGGCGCCUACUCGAUCAAGGCUGACUUCGAGCAGGCGAUAGAGCUUACUGGUUAUGGCAGAUUCCACUACAUCCUGCUAGCAAUAUGUGGCCUGGUAAGCACCAGCGAGGAGAUGGACGUCAUCUCGAUGUCGUUCAUCCUGCCCUCGGCCCAGUGCGAUCUCGACCUGAACACGCAGAGCAAGGGCUGGCUCAACUCGAUCAUCUUCAUCGGCAUGAUGUUCGGUGCGUACGUGUGGGGCAGCGUGGCCGACUCGCUCGGCCGCAAGAAGGUGCUGAUCGUGAUCUCGAUCAUGAACGCGUUCUGCAUCGUCGCGUCCUCCUUCUCCCAGACGUACGAGGUGUUUAUGGUGUUCCGGUUCCUGAACGGUGUGGCGUUAGGUGGUAGCGGUCCCGUCAUUUGGCCGUACUUUGCCGAGUUCCAGCCCAAGUCGAAGCGUGGCUCCAUGCUUAGCUUUAUGGCUGCGUUCUGGACCAUCGGUAAUCUGCUCGUUGCCGGGCUGGCCUGGUUGAUCAUACCCACCGGAAUCGGAAUCACGACACCCGCCUUCACGUACAACUCGUGGCGCAUCUUCCUGCUCGUCUGCUCCAUACCAUCGUUCAUAGUGGCCGCCCUGCUGCUGUACCUGCCGGAAUCGCCCAAGUUCCUGCUGUCGCAGGGCAAGAUCGAUGAAGCGCUCGCCAUCUUCCGCGGUAUCUAUGUGACGAACACGGGCAAAUCGAAAGACCAGUACCCGGUGAAGGAGCUGCUGAUCGAUGACAAGCUGCGGGAAGAGCUGGAAGCCGUCACCAAACCGAUCAAGAACAAGUACAAGCGCAUGCUGUACGACAUACUGGACAACAGCAAGCAGGUGUUUAUGUCACCGAUCCUCAAGUUCACCAUCAUCUCCAUCACGAUCAACUUUACGUUCCACAUCGGGUACUAUGGGUUGAUGAUGUGGUUCCCGGAGCUGUUUAACCGGUUCGACGAAUUCACCCGUGCCCAUCCGGGCGUGGAGGAUGCGUCCGUGUGUCAGGUGACGGAUUACGUCGUCGGGAUGGGUUCCCACUCACAAACUGGCGUCUGUUCGGCCACCAUACCGAGCACGGUGUUCAUGGAGUCGCUGAUCACGGUGGCGGCGGCCCUGCCCGCCAACGUUGUGGCCGUGCUGGGAAUGGACCGGUUGGGGCGCAAGUUCUUCCUCGUCUUCAGUACCAUGGCUGCCGGGGCCUGUUCGGCGUCGAUGUACUUCGUCACCAACCAACAUCAGAACCUCGCCGUAUCGGCCGUCUUCAGUGGCGUUAUCUCGAUGGGUAACGCUUCGCUCGACUGUCUGAUCACGGAAGUGUUUCCAACGAAUUUACGUGCAACCGGCGUUGCGAUAUCGAUGGUGGCCGCUCGUUUGGGAGGUAUUAUCGGUAACGUGGUUAUUGCCACGCUGCUCGAUCUCUACUGUCCCGCACCGACGUUCAUCGUGGCCGUCCUGCUGGCGGGUGGCGGUCUGAUGUGCCUGUUCCUACCGAACACUACUCGAACCGCACUGUCCUAGUGGGUCGGUAGCGUGGUAGCGUCAAACGGCGCACAGCAACCACCGAUUGGGCAAGCAACGUGCGUGUGCGAGAGUGUGCUUACUGCGCUGGUGAAAUCAACAACGAGCCCCACACAACUCAUGGAAGCUGGUUUUGUUUAUUAUUUUUCUUCACCAUCGUUUGUACAACCAUCAUUUUAUGUUCAUCCAGUUGUUUUAAAUUUGUUUUUGUAUUUUUUAUUCCUUUCUGUUAUCAUCGCUCCCCUCGUACGCGUACGGUUAAGGAGAAGAGAUUUAAGCUAAGCCACUGGCACACAAAGCAAACGGAGAAGAGUUAUGAUUUUAUUAAUGCGUAAUGAGGCGAUACACGAUACGUACAUUUAUCAACCAGCGCACAAUUCCUAGCAGCAUAAGCGAAUGAUUCUACUACGAAUGAGGGCCAAGUACCGAUUGCUGAUAUUGGCCAGCAAAGUGUGUGAGUACUAUUCGCUCUGUUUUAUACUCCCAAUCCCGCCGUUCCAUCAUCCUGAACGUUUCCUAAAACCAACCUGAAUGAACUGUGAAUUAAGCCAUUUAUCGUAACCGCCGCAUCACCGUGGCGCACUGUGACGCAAAUGAGCGUGUGCGGUUCCGUUCGAGAGAAGGAGAGAAAAAAACAACCCGGUCAAAAGAAUUUAUUGUAGAGCCCCCGAGUGGGAAGUGUUUAACUUAAUCUUAAACAAAAUAGUAAGCCUAUUUGCAGCGAGGCGUAUCGAUAAAGUAAUGAAAAACGAGAGUAGCAAAUAAACGUUUAGCAAGC